CUCUAAGGUCAUAACAAUAAAAAGAAAACUGUCAAAAAUAUGUCACUUAUUUUGUAGAAAUUUCAAACAAUAUUAUUUUUGUGAAUAAAUUGGUGUAAAAAAUAAUAAUUAUAUAAUUUUUGUUAAUAGAUGAGAUAAAUCAUAAUUUAAACCAUGAGUUCUGAGGCAGAGGUUCCACCUAAUCCGCUUAUAAUGAUGAUGAGCAGCCUUACUGCCGUGGAGCCUAAACCCGAAAAUACGGAUAACGACUUUAUAGAAGUCAACAAAGUUAGAAUAAUUCCUUCCUCCCUGUGGUUUAUUGGAGCCUACGAUGGUAAAAAAUUUAAAGAGAAGUUCAGAAUAAUUAAUGUUGGGGAGCGUCCAGCUUUUAUUAGAAUUUUUCCAACAACAUCUACGGCGUUUAAACUAAAGCCAUUGCCAAAGGGAGUUAAGCUUUCAACAGGCAUGAGUAUUAUCAAAUAUGUAAAGUUUACUUUUAAUUCAGCAGUCGCUGUCCCUCAGGCUCUUAUAUACAUAUAUAUCAACGAACAACCCGUUUACUAUCCGAUAGAAGUGCAGAUUGGUGUAUCUCACGUAAAAAUUACACCUAGAAUGUUACACUUUGGAGAUAUAGACAUCGGAACUUCCUCUGAACAAUUAUCCAUGUUUUUAGAAAAUCUGGGCCAAAAAACUGCGCAAUUUACUAUAGAUUUGGGAAGAAAUGAUCUAGAGUUGAUUGUUGAUCCUAUGAGGGGUAUAAUCCAGCCAGGUCACAAGACAGAAGUAAAAGUGGAGAUACUUGGCUCGCGACAGGGAAAAUUCAUAAAAGAAUUUUGGGUAAAAACUGAACCGCUCCAGAGGAUAUGGAUAUCGGGCACUUUUAUUCAGCCAAAAUUAAAAAUUGAACAUCCGGUCACCAACAAUUUCGACCAUAUUGUCAUUGAUUUUCCAAAAACUUACUAUAAUGCCCAAAAUAGUCGGAUUGUUGUUAUUAAAAAUGAAAGUUCAACUAACUCGAUGUUUUGUACUGUAGCUGAAUAUAAGAAAAAUGAAGAUAUUAAAUUGGAUCAUGCUAGAGAACUAAACGAAAAUCUUAAAUUUUUCUGUUUAAACCCAGUAGAAGGACGAUUGUUAAAAAGUCACAAAGCUGCAGUCACAGUUACAUUUGCACCCUACCGUGUGAAAACGUUUCCUCAAAAGUUUUGCAUUAUUUUUAUAAAAAUUAUGAAAAUAAACUAUAGGGAUGGCGUCGUCAAAGGAAAGGAUAUUGAAGUCAAAACCUUCUCAAGUGGAACUGAAGCAGAUCAGUACCAGAUCACCGAUAAUACAAAAUCAACGGAUUCCUUGUACGAUCUGGAUUGGAAAAUUGAAGAUUCAUACAUAAGAAUUUGCUUAUACGGAGAAGUCGAAGAGGUCAACGUAAAAGUAACGCCUUCCACAAUUGACAGAAACAAUUUGCGUGUGAGCGAAGAAUCAAAACUAAACUUUAACAUUAAGAAUAAUUCGCAACAUUUGCCAAUCACAUUUAAAUACGACAAAAUUGCUUGUUUUAAAAUGGAGCCAGCAGAAGCCACUUUAAAACCGCAAUUAUCUACUGACGUUCUAGUAACGUUGAAACCUCACAGUAUGGGACAAUAUUUCCGAAAACUUAAUUUGGUUCUUUAUUUUACGAAUCGGGAUGGAGUCGUGUUCAAAGUUGGAAAUGCCUACUUGCGGGUUUCCUAUACAGUACACUAUGACGAAACGAAACCAAGUAGGAUGACUGAACCAAAAUAUGUAAUGGGGAUAUCUUCUCCUUACUUAAACGACGUUGGUCAUUUGGUAAACGAUGUUAAAUACAAUACAGCAGAUAUUACUAAAUUGCCUGUUCACGCUUUCGUCAAUAAAUCAAAGAUGAAAGAUGUAUUACACGAAACGUGCUCGGAAUUAAUCGCUUUUCCCAAUGACAGACCUCAAUGGUUUCAUCCUUGGCGCAGCGAAACAAAAUGUACUACAAUUUUUACUAAGCUACCAAGAUACAAUGGUCCAUUUGACUAUACUAUGACAUAUACACUUCCCGAAUGGGAGUUUAAAAGAAGAAACACUCAAAAGUAUAUAGAUUACAUGGAAAAUGGAGUCUUAAAACAUAGAGAACAGAACGAAACAAAAAUUCGAAAUUCUUGUUAUCCCACUAGUGAAUCAAAAGUACUGUUAACGAAUGAAAAAUUCCCAUCUUGUCUAUCGGUGUUUUCCAAAACUGAUCAGUGGCCCAAAUUGGUACCAUUAACUCCAGGAGAAUUAAUGGAUAUAGAGAUAACGCCGCGAUAUGUCAUUCUGGGAAAGAUAGCUCCAGAUAUCGUUUGCAACGACUUUUUUGAAAUAAAGAAUAACAACAUAUUCCCAAUUACGAUAGCAAUAAUUGCUCUAAGCAAUUGCGUUAUAGUUAAAGGGAAAAAAAGAUUAAAAAUUGAAGGAAAUAAAUCUGCAAAAUUAUACUUCGAAUGCUAUUCGUAUGGUCUUGGAAAAUAUUACGUUCCAGUCUAUAUAAUUAUAAAUGACUAUCAUAUAUUUGACGCGACUGUGUUCGCAGAAGUGGUACCAACUACAGUCAAAUGUAAAUUGAAAGAAGUUAUGAUAAAUGCUAAAGAUAAUGUAGGUUACUUGGAAUUGUUCAACCCCGUGAACUGUGCAAUAGAUUUCGCCUGGGAGGUGCAAGAAAAGAAUUAUGAUAUAAUGCCAAAAAGUGGAAAAAUUGAGUCAAGAAAAUCUCUUUAUUGCAAAAUCGUUUUUACUCCAAAAAUAGAAUCAGUUUUCAGAACAGAAAUAUAUUUACUUUCACAAAGUGGCGCCAAGCAGAUUGUUAAAGUCUCAAACGAACAAGUUAAAACGGCUGUAAAGUUUAGUGCCCAAGCAAUCGAAAUUAAAAAUAUCCCCCUAAAUAUUACCGUUAGUAGACAAUUGGUAAUUAGAAAUGAAUCAGAACAGGCUAUAGUGUUGUAUGUAAAAAAUCCUGAUCCCAUAAAACAAAUAAACAUUUCUCCAGUUGAAGGCUUCGUAGAAGGCAAAUGCGAUAUUUUCUUCAAAAUAACAGUUCACUUUAAAACUAUCAAAACCUUUAGCUGCACCUUCGAGUUUGUUUUGUUAGAUGGUCGUGAACAUACUAUCAACGUAUACGGCAAUGUGUCUUAUCCCAACCUUAUUUUGGAACCAGAAUUUAUGCACAUACCCAAAAUUAUAACAAGCGCAUACCAACGGCGGAUCUUUAGAAUAAACAACAAUUGCUGGUCAACAACAACAGUAAAAUUUCUUUUGGAGAACUAUCCAGAUCUUUCUGUAACAGAUAUAAACCGUAAAAAAAUAGAAACGGAAAUAACUUUAGCACCCAAGGAUUACGUAGAGUUAUAUUUGGAAUUCCAACCUAAGGAACCUACAGCGUAUACCUUCUAUUUACCGUAUAUAAUAAACAAUUUUCUUGGUCCUCCACUUUUGAAUAAUCCUAAUAGUUUCAAAAUUGGUACCUACUUAGAACCUCCAAGUACAGAGAUUUCCAGACAAAUGCCAACUUUACGGAUAACUUGCGCCGCGGGGGCGCCAUGGUUUAAAUUUUCUGAGUUUGAUUUGAAAUUCACUGAUAAAAAACCGGAAAACAAAUUCCAAGUUACAAAUAUAUCAGCUAUAGCUCACCAAAUUAAAUUUAUAACAGAAGGUUUGGAGAGCUGCUUCGAAGUAAGUGUUCUUUCUAACAAUGGAAAAUAUACAAUACUCGAGAAGUUGAUAAAGGUUUCCCUUGAACCCCAAGAAAAAGUUAUUCUGGGUUUUAUAUUUAAUGCAGAAGAUUACGGAAACUAUGAGAGCGACGUACCAUUUUACGUAAAACGCUAUUUUGAAAACUGCCCUUUUAAUUAUAUAAGAUUGUAUGGUUGCAAAUACAAGCCAACUAUAGAAGCUAAGAACAGAAUGAUAAUGAUACAAACGAUCCCCGUCAAUAAAAUGUUUACAAAAAGUGCUAAUAUAAGUUUAAUAUAUCAUAAAAACGAUUGUGUAGUUAGUUUAGAAAAUAACCACGAAUUCAUAAGAGCAGAACUAAAGGAAUUGAAAGAAAAGGAAACGAUGGAAGUGAUAGUGACUUUUCAUCCAAUGCGCGAAUGUAACGUGGUAUCAGAAUUACUCAUAACAUGUACUUGCAACGCUACUUGUACAAUAUACGUGACAGCAGCAUGCGACAACUGUUCCCUGUUGUCGUACAGACAUAAAAUGAAAUGCUGGAAAGAUAGUAGGUCUUCUGACUGCCAGGAUGCAGAGGUUUAUCUGAGGAAACUCGAUAAAUUAAAUGAAAUAUUAGAAAAUUACAUAUUUAGUGAAGGAUUUUUUUUGACCUACUAUUUUAGAAUUCCAGCUACGAUUUCGAGAUACCCAUACACCAUGUACACUGUUAAGACAGAAUCGAAAGCUCAUAAAGUUCGCAAAGAAAAAAUUGUUCAUCUGCCUAUUGUUACUUUAUUCAAAAAUUUGACUAGCGCUAAUGUUGUACAUCAUAUCAUAGAUGGGGUGAACGCUGCUUCGUUAGACGAGAGACAAGGUACUUCAUAUGAUUACGGAAUAUACAAGAACGUCUUAAGAUAUUUGGAAAGCUACCACGUGUUUGUGAAAAACCUCAAUCCUGAGUUGCUGCUAAAUUAUGACAGAUACAUCGUUUUCAAAACCAUGCUUGUAGAUGAAGAAAAUAUGUCCGGUGAUGAAAUCCUAAGCGAAGCAGAUUUCAAUUUUCUUAGCAGGCAAUGUUGGUUGGAUUUGUUGUUAAAGAUGUUUAAGUUAUUUCACUAUGAUCGCUUACUGAAAAACGAGCCUCCUCUGACCGGUAAAUUGGAAGUGGAUGAUAUUUAUUCAGGAGAGUUUGGAGCUUACUAUUCUAGCCAAAUCGAAUCAUUUCCUUCGGAUACAAACGAAUGCGAAGCGAAAUUAAUGCUUUGGGUCGAGUUUCAUUACAAAGAACAAAAGGGUAAACUGUGGCCCGACAAAGAUUUACCCGAUAGAAAAAUUCGAGAUCUAAGCAAAGAUGUUAGAGAUAGCUUACCAAUAGCUACUCUUAUGGCUGCUUAUUGUCCCUAUUUAUGCAAUAUAUUUAGGGACAUUUAUUUUGAAGAAUCUGAUAUAACCGGUCAUUGUCCGUUACAUCACAACGCUUGUUUAAUUUCUGAAGCUUGGAACAGACUCGAUUUGUCCUUCAAGAUAUCAACAAACAGCAUUUUUGAACCUACAAAUACAGAGAUGCUGUUUUUGUUGUCAUACUUAUACGUUGUAAUUCCAAAUUAUUAUCCGUUAGAGACAACCACUAUAAAAUCCCAUUUAGGCAAGACGUCUUCCGCUAAAGUGAUUCUAAAAAAUUCCGGACCUGUAGCUAUCAGUUACUACCCUAAAUUAUUUUUGAACGAUACUGAGAGCUUCCAUAUUGAUUCUAAUCAUAUAUUGAUACCAACAAAAGGCGAAAAAGCCGUACUUGUUUCUUAUACAGCAAAACAAAUUAUCAAAGAGCAAGCAGUCUUGGUAUUUUCUGGAGAAUCUGGCGGUGAAAAAUUUUCGAAAGGAAUGGCUAUAAACCUCAUUGGUAUACCGGAUAUUUUAUAUUAUACACAGGAAUUCAAAGUUAAAGUAGAGCUCUACGAGACUGUCUCAAAAACGAUAAAUGUGAUAUCGCCUUACGCCCAAUCGUAUCACGCGAAUACAUACUUUUAUUUAUUUCAAGAAGGAAAACCUCCAUUAACAAUGAACGAUUUUGUUUCUGUGAAUGCUCUGCCCGGUUUACCCAGACAGUUGGAACUAGAUGGUGUAUGCGCAUUCAAUGACGAAGGAAUGCACAAGUUAACAAUAAAAAUGUGCUUCGUAGCUUUAGGUGACUGGAUUUACUAUAUUUACUUUUUAAAUAAAGAAGUGGGAAUCUUUUCCAUGAAAAUUAUGAUACGAGCUGAAUUAACGCAAGACAUACACGAAACUUUACCAGUUAAAAUACACACAAAUUUUGAUCCGAGUGCUCGUUGCAAAUGUAAACCUCAUGCCAAAAAUCUACUUUGUCCUCGAAUACUUUACGCCGAUAUUCCCUUUCAAAACAAAUAUCUUUUAGAAGGCUUACGAAAUAUGAUAAAGAUAUACGCCAAGCCAGAUGAAAUUGAAUUUUGGAAUACACAUUUAGUGUUUUCGAAAGGUUUCCAUAUUUUUAGAGCUUACUUAGAAAAUACAUACCACGACGAUCUUGUACCAUUUAGCAAAGUGUUAUACCCGACCGUAUCUUUUAAUACCAGUAGAGUCAGUAAUCGCUUUUCGGUGGAACCAACUAUACAUUUUGAGGACACAACUUCGCAAGGCACUUACAGAUUAUUAAUACAUUGGGACUCGAGCGAGACUCCAGAUCAAGAAAAUUUAUAUUUACUGGCACAACAUGGACUAGAACCGAGAAAUUACAGACUGAAAUUUUGGAGCAGAGAAACCAAGACGUAGGAAGAAGGAAAAUGAUUACUUAAUAAUUUUUUAUGAUUUGGUAUAGUUAAAAAGUGUGCAAAUACUGGAUGUGAUAUAUUCUUCUGUACAAGCCUUGAAUUUUGUACCAAAUGAAAGAUAAGGUGGUGAUGUGGAAGAGUUGUGGUAAAGAUGACUAAGAAUUUUAUAUCCUAUCACUAAACUGUUUGUUUUUUUUCUAUAUUUAUUUAAUGAGGUCAUACAUUUUGAUUAUUUUUAAUUUGAUGGUUAUUCUUUUGCUUUCAAAAUUUAAAUUAGUAUAUUUAGGUACGCAUAAGUAUCGAACAGAAGAGGUGCGUGUUGAGUACACCAAAAUAUGAUGAUUUAAAGUAAUUUACCUUUAUACUAAGUUGUACUUAGAAAAAAUUUAAUAUCUCAACUGUUUAAAAUAAUCUAUAUUUGGUACAUUAUCUAAGCGCUUUAAAAGCCUUAAUUUAAUGGGUGAGUAAGAAUUAAGGUUACCCCAAAACCACAUCUUAAAAUAUUUCAAUUAUUUCUUACUUGCCCCCAAAUGAAGCCCCUCAUGAAGCAUCUAAAUAAUUUAAAAUAUAGAUUUUUUUAAGUUAAACUGAUGCAGAGAUAUUAAUUUUUUUUUCGAAAUGUAUGGCCCCACUUUAGGUCCCCGUAACUCCUUAAGGGUACAACUUGGUAUAGAGAUUAAUUGCGUUAAAACAUCAUAUUUUGGGGAACCCAAUACGCAUCUGUUAUGCGGAACACCCUGUGUAAUAUCUAGAUAAAUACUAAUGAAAUCAAUUUAUUACCAUAAAGCGGGGUUACUUUGGCAGGUUUUGACCUAUUUUGGAACUCGUAAGUCAGAAACUGAUAGGAAAAUCAAACUUCUUAAAAUUGCAUCGUAUCUUGUGCCCAAUUGACAAUAGAUCACUUAAAUAUGGUUCGUUUUCAUGAACCGCCUGUUGGAAAAAAAUAUUUGUAAGCAGUUUUUUGGGGCUACUUUGGCAGCACAUGCAAAUCUUUUUUGCGCCAAUGUAGAGGCUGUAUAAAACCUUCUUUUGUACAAAAUAUGAUAAAGGACGGAGGCACAAAAAGGCAGCUUUGAGUUUGGUCCAAAUAUAUUUUAUAGUUCCGAAGUUAUUGAAGUUAGAAUGCAUUUCUUUUUAAGAAAUCAUUAAUUUAUCCAACCAUUAUAAAAUAACUAACUAAGAAAUUAUUUCUAUACGAAAAUAAACAUAAAUUCUUAAAAAGUUUAAUAAGGAACAUAAAAAACUAAAUAUUCAACACAUCAUGAAGUCUUUUACAAAGAAAAAUCCGCAUCUUUUAAAGAGUUAUCACUGUCAAAAUCUUCGUUUCUACAGAGAGCACAUUUAUAAAAUGGGUCCGUGCUCGCUUCAUUGCAAAAGCCCCAAUUCCAUUGUUUGCAUUUCUUAC